UGAUUCCAGGUAUGGAAGUUUGGAAGAGAAGCCCUUGGCUGAACUGAAGAAGAUUGGCAAUUCAAUUCUCUAUCUCUCUCUCCGCUGAACAAUUCCAAUCCAAGUUCAGUUUCGGAAAUUGGUAUGAAUUUGAAAUAGCAAUCGAAGAAGAAGAAGAAGAAGAAGAGUAUGUAAUCAUCCAAAAUUCAAAUUCAGAAAAUAGACGAGAUUUCAUGAUCAAGUUCGUCUACUUCCGACUUUGGUUUUGUUGUUCAAAUUAGUUUCCCCAUUAAAAUUAAAGAAAAUGAUGUCUCCGAGGCAAAAUCCUGAAGAUCGAGCAUCUCCAUCUCAUCUCAGGCAUACCCCCUUACAAAUAAUCCAUAUUAUCGGCAAUUUCAUGAGAAUAUGGUCAAUUUACUCACUGUACCACUACCUAGCUGAGACGGGAGCUUCAGUUGUACUUUUUCUUUUCAUUUGUUUGGUUCCUGCAUCCAUUCUAUUUCUAAUUCUACAAAAGCCUUGGAAGGGCAGGCCUCUUGGAAAUGCACAGGUAGUGCCUUCUAUAAUCAAUGGUGGCAUAACAGCUCUCUAUUUCAUUUUGUGGGGAAAGGGCCUUAAAUCAUGUGGGCCUCUUAGAGCUAUAUUGGCAGAAUAUUCUGGCGCUGUCCUUGGAGUACUUUCUGCGGUAUUGUAUGGGAGGAAGAGCCAUGUUUGGAAAAAGGUAGGUGGCCUUAUAGCGAUGGUGGCCUCUUUUUAUUUAUUAUCUCAAGGCUGGGCCAUGGCAAGAUACUCCCCUUUCUCCAACAAAGAUAGCCUUGAUGCUGAAGUACAGACAGAAGAAGUGUUGGGCAUGACAGCAAUGACGGUUCCAAUUUUUGCUGGAAUCUUAUCAGCACUAAGAAGGGUGAUUGCACGGCGUGUUUCACUCAAGAAUCAACUUAAAAGGCGACUUCAUGCAAUAACUAUUGCGUCUGCAACUUGCUUCCUGUUUCCUGUGGCCAUGUGGGACAUAAUCAUAGGGUCACCUUCAAGUAGCAGUGAUAAGAUGCCAUUCUCUACAUGGGCUUUUCUGAGUACCGUUAUUUUUGGAGUUAUCUUGAUAUUCUAUGUUGAUAGUAUUGCAGAGGAAAGAUUACACAUGGUUUUCUCUUCUCCAAGGCAUUUAAUGGCAGCUGGUGGAUGCAUAAUUGUAAUGGAAAUUGUGUACGGAAUGGACUUCUCUCUUCCAGGCUUCCUAAUUUGCUGCAUAAUUUUAGGUUUUGGGAUAUAUGAGGCAACUUCUUUGGAACGUGGUAAAAAAGAUUCACUUCAAACUACCGAUCUGUCAAAUGGGAUCUUGGGUGACCAAAUUCAGACGUCUUCGCUUCCAACAUAAUCUUACGUGGGUUGGCGUACAUCAUUAGGAAUUGCAUUCGCAGCAGCAUUUGUUACUUUGAUGUUGGAUUUUGAGUCAAUAUUAUUAUCAAACAAGCAGGAAGGAGGGAAAAAACAAAAAAAAACAAAAAAACAAAAAAACAAAAAAAAAAAACGAAAGAAAUCACUCAUGGCAGAGUUCCAGGCAAAUUCUUGAUUGUUAAGAUCGUAUGGAACUUCCAAGAUGUCGAAGGUCGUCGAUCAUGAUCUCAUAUAUUGAUGUAGGCAGUGUCAAUCCCUGACUAACCCACAUUGUGUCCACAUUUCAAUUGUUGAUAAUUUACCGUCAACUAAAGAAAUAUACUUUCGUUUGUACAAAUUUUAGGGUUUAUGAGAUGAUCUGACAAAUAUUUUUUUGUACAAUGUGGUUUUCUUCAAAUGGUAGGUGGAUUUUUUUUGCUACUUAUCGAUAAUCCAUGGCUUUCUUGUUGACCAAUGGAUACUAUCACUGUGAAGUUCUUGAUUUUUCUACAAAUAAAAACUUCAUUUUCUUCUGAA